GAAGGAAAUAUUAUCAAAAUACCUUUUGCUGACUUUGGAAGGAAAGGAGGAAAGAGACCUACUAGCAUCAUCUUUAUAGUCAAAAAGUGGGAGCUCCUGCUGAGUUUGUUCUGCGAUCACCUCUUGCUGAGCACCAGAAAUAUGGAUAGACUUCUGCGUCUUGGAGGAGGUAUGCCUGGGCUGGGACAGGGGCCACCAACAGAUGCUCCUGCAGUUGAUACAGCGGAACAGGUUUAUAUCUCUUCCCUCGCACUGUUGAAAAUGUUGAAGCAUGGUCGUGCUGGUGUCCCUAUGGAAGUUAUGGGUCUGAUGCUUGGGGAAUUUGUUGAUGAUUACACUGUGAGAGUGAUUGAUGUUUUUGCAAUGCCACAGUCAGGAACGGGUGUCAGUGUGGAGGCAGUUGAUCCUGUAUUUCAAGCAAAAAUGUUGGAUAUGCUGAAACAGACGGGAAGACCUGAGAUGGUAGUUGGUUGGUAUCAUAGUCACCCUGGCUUUGGCUGUUGGUUGUCUGGUGUAGAUAUCAAUACUCAGCAGAGCUUUGAAGCCUUAUCAGAAAGAGCUGUUGCUGUGGUGGUGGAUCCCAUUCAGAGUGUAAAAGGAAAGGUUGUUAUUGAUGCCUUCAGAUUGAUCAAUGCUAAUAUGAUGGUCUUGGGACAUGAACCAAGACAAACAACUUCAAAUCUGGGUCACUUAAACAAGCCAUCUAUCCAGGCACUAAUUCAUGGACUAAACAGACAUUACUAUUCCAUCACCAUCAACUACAGGAAGAAUGAACUAGAACAGAAGAUGUUGCUAAAUUUGCAUAAGAAGAGUUGGAUGGAAGGUUUGACGCUUCAGGACUACAGUGAACAUUGCAAACUCAAUGAAACAGUAGUGAAGGAGAUGUUAGAAUUAGCUAAGAAUUACAACAAGGCUGUUGAAGAAGAAGAUAAGAUGACACCUGAACAGCUGGCAAUAAAAAAUGUUGGCAAGCAGGACCCCAAACGUCAUUUAGAAGAGCAUGUGGAUGUGCUGAUGACCUCAAACAUUGUCCAGUGUUUAGCUGCUAUGUUGGAUACAGUUGUAUUUAAAUAACCGAUUUACUGUUUGUGAUGCUUUCUGUGUAUAUUUGUUUAUUGUUUCUAAUACUCACAAAACAGAGACUGUUGAGGCUGUAUUUGAUUAAACAGAGACAUCUGACUUCAUUUGCAAUGUAAGUGCAGCACUAUAACACCUUUCAGUCUCUAAUUGUGCAGUUGCUUCAGUUUCUUUAUGUCAGGGUCUUUACAGAUUCCAAAGCAUUCAAGAACACAAUGUGGGCAAAAAUGUAUUACAUUUUCAUUUAAUAUUUGGGGAAAAAAUCAGUAGUACAUAUAUAUUUUGAUUGUUGCAACAUAAUAAAAAUACAUUUACAAACCUG